GCAGUUUAAAGUUGAGCAACGGGGGCUCGCUUGCGCCGUGCUCGCUGCACGCGCCAUUUUUACGAAUUUGAACAAAGGCGAGUGAGUGGCUGUGCGUCGGCUCUUCCCGCAGUUCGCACAGAAAACAGCCAUGAGUUCAGGAGACAAGCAAGCCGACGUGGCGACGCAGCAGGCGGACGAAGUCAUCAAGGAGAAAGGCGCCGGAGACGCCAAGACGGAGAAGUCGCCGCAGAAGCGGACUUCGGCCGAGGUGUCUGAAGAUGAUGACGUAAAGAAGAAGGUCCAAAAGACGGACCACAAAGACAAGAAGGAAAACGGGGAGUCGGAUGACAAGUACGAGGAGGGUGCCGGUGACGACGGCGAGGGUGAUGACGAUGACGACGAUGCAGUUCCCGAUGGCGAGGACUACGAUGAGGAAGGGGAUGACCCCGAGGGAGAUGACGAUCCCGAGGACGAUGAUGAGGAUGACGCGUAAAGUGGCUAGUAGUGGGACCGACGACGACACGCCGCUGCUGCUAAAACGCGCCUUCCCCCUUCUCUUCCUCGCCAGACACUCCCUUUCCCCUCUCCUUCCGUCCGCGCUCUUAUUCUCUGGGGGAAACAAAAGAUAGGGGGGGAGAAAACCCGCAGUCCCUUCGGCCGGCGCUGCAAGCGACGACGUCCGCCGCCAUCAUCCUAGUGUCCCAGCAGUCGUCGGAUUUGUCUCCUUUUUUUCCUUCGUUCGUCGGCCACAGCUCUACGCCGGUUUGGGUUGACGGCUCGACGGAACGCCCGCCGGUGAAUGACAUUUCGCCGCUGCCGCUUCUUCCUCCGCUGCGUGUGGUGUGUGUGGCUGGGCGUGCGUGAAUUCUUUUUUUGUGUGCGUGCGUGUGCGUCUUCUGCAGGAAGCGUCCUUGAGCCAGCCGAAGGGACUCGUCCCUUUUUUUCCCUUCUGUCUGAUCCCCGUUCCCGGUCUCCUUCUCGCUCUCCCCUAUCCUCCUCUUCAGGCGGUCUUUUUGUUUUUGUAUUGUAUUGUAUUUGAGUUUCGUCUCUCUCAUCAACUCAUUGCCGUCACACACACACACCCCCCGCCGUUCUUUUGUUCACGGUUUUUUUUUUUUUUUUUUUUUUUUUUUUUUUUUUUUUUCACGGCUGUCCGAGGAAGACUGAAAACAUUGGGUGUGCGUUCGGGACAAAGACGACAGUGGUGGGUUGCCGAGGUUUCGUUCCUCGUGUAUCUGUCGCACACUCGUUUGAUUGGUUUGUGUUGGGCUGCCUUGUUGUACUGCCUUACUUGUAUGACGAAAGUGUUUUUUCACUGAAGCUUUAUCCUUUUUUCUUUUUCCCCCAUAAUUGGACAAAGUGCUUGUUUAUCCGUUUUUGUUCAUGUGGUUGCAGCAUGUCUCCUUUCUUCACAUCACAAGUUGGACAUCCAGAGUUGUUUUCUGUUCUCGACGUCAUUCUGUCACCUCGCAUCACAUGCAUCAUGACGAAACAAAAAAAAAAACAAUUGUUGAAAGACAUUGUGCAAACUUAUUGAAGUCUGGCACUUCCCCCCUCGUUUCUUUUUUUUUGCAAAGUGCAGCUUGUAAAGCAUUGCUCUUUUGUUUCGAACCAUUUUCGGGUGUUGUCAUUUCUUUCAUCUGCAAAUAUGGCCCAGUCAUAUUGUAAAAUGUGUUUCAGUGACUCUAUGUAAUAGAUCAUUGUUCUUCUUCCCACACAAAAAUGGCUCUUUUGAACAGCCAUGGCUGAAUGUGUACCACAGUGUUAAAUUGAGAGUCUCGGCUAUUGCGUGGUUGUUCAGGGUGCUAGAUGUUCUUGUUGCCAGGUUUGCUGGCGUGGGGGCAUCUGGUAUUGAGUGCCGUGCGACUGUUGCGACGUUUAUACAACUGUGUUCAAACGUGUUUGCAUAUAGGGUGUGGUGUGCGAAACAGCAUGCGCAUUUCCUUGGCAUCACUUUCUUUUCACCGAAUCGCCAAUCGAGAAGACAAGCUUUGGAUUUCCCCUUUUCCCGGUUAAUAUACAUUCUUUUAUCUGACAUGAAAUUAAGGGCAUGCACUUUUCAAUGCAACCACAGUGUUUAUAUUUCUUUGUUGGUGGGAAAUGCGAAAAGAAAAAAAAGGAACCAUAUUGGAUCAGCCAAUAAACUAUGUCAUUCGAUUUUUGCAUCGUCACCAAA